AUGAGUGGAUUCCUGGACUACCACAGCUACGUGGUGCGCGGCUCGGUGCGGGACAACCCGGCGCUGGAGCGCUCGGUCAUGAUGUGCAACGGCGUGUCCCAGUGGGUCCAGCUCAUGAUCCUCAGCAGACACACGGCCCAGCAGAGGGCCCAGGUCUUCACCAAGUUCAUCCACGUGGCCCAGAGACCAAAAAAGACAAACAAAAAGACCAAAAACGGACAAAAAGAGUGA